AUGGAAUGCUCUCAGUUGAAAUCUAUCGUUUCCCUUGUGGAUUCUCUUGUACGUAAUACUCAUUUCAGAAGGUCACGUGUGGUGUCAUCAAAUCAAGUUCCUGUUGGUGAACCAUCCUUGGCUCCAGUCUCCAGCAAGUCUCUAACGGACUUCUCCAUCUGCAGUAUCCUGGGUCUAGAACCUGAAAUCAACCAAUCUCCCUCAAGUUCCGGUAAGUUAAGAGUUCCAUCCGUAAGAUACUCGAGCCCUUAAUUAGUCGAGAACAUCAUUUGGCAAUUGUAUCAAUACAUUUCCCUUUCUAUAUAAAAUGUUAUCCCGUUGCCUUUCAACUAUUUUAAUCCAUUUCGGAAACAGAAAAAGAGGAAUAUUCAGCUUUAAGCAGGAGAUUUCUGCUGGUUAAGGCUAGCCAGAUAAUAACAUAAUGAAACAAAUUUUAAAUAUCUAUCCAAACCGAAAAUUGUCCUUAGGAAGAGACAUAAAAACAUGUGUCUAUGUUAAUGUUGACUAUCUGUCUCACAGGCAUUUAAGUAGAUUAAGAGGAAACAAUACGCGACAUGCGAAAACUUUAAAGUCUAUUCUUCUUUAAUUUACAGAAAACAACAGUGCUACCAGUCCGCCGUUAUCGCCUUACUCCUACUGCGCAAGUCCGCGUCCCAGCCACAGGGCAACCAGUCCACCGUUAACUCCUUACUCUGAAAUCACAAGUUCCAGCAGCGAUUGUGACAGUGAGCCCGAUCAAACUUCGACUCCAACCGAACAUUCAACGAGGAAAAAGCGACAGCGCACGACUUUCUCAACGAUCGAAGUUUGGGAGCUGGAACGAGCAUUCAGACGGCGGCCAUAUUUGCUAAAGGAAGACGAGGAGGAACUGGUACAAAGACUCGGAAUCACGGCUAAAAGUCUGAAGGUGAGUUUCUAUCUUUCACCUUUCCUAUCAUGAACGUAAAUUUCAAGACACGAAGAGCAUUUGCAACCUAAAGUGAAAUGCAAUUUCAGCUCGAUUUUGUUCUUGACUAAAUCAUUUUCAGUUUUGUCGGGAAGUAAGAUAUGUUUAUCGAUUCAAAGCUUGGCAAUUGCAAUGUGAUUUUUCACUCCAGUCAGAAAAUGUUUUGAAUACAAGUAUGUUUUUGUCGGACAGUAGUUGCAUGUAAUCGUGCAAAGUUUUGCUUCAUGUCAGUCAUCGUUCUUUUCUAAACCAUUCACGUUUUUUUAGCAAUUUUAAUUGAAAUUCUUAAUUAAUUGUACACUUCAUAAGGCAAUUUUGAACGCUAUUUUGCUGUCAGAAAAUGUUUUGGAAUUCAUACAAAUCAUUAUAGGUUCUGUGUGUUGUGUAGAUUUUCCCUGUUAUUGCCCUAACUGAGUUAAUAGAUCAGAUUUUUGUUUUCUUUCUUGCAGUAUUGGUUUCAAAACCGACGAGCCAAAUCAAGGAAACUGGAGACAAAGAUUUCAUCCGUCUGUCAGACAGGCCCGUCAAACCAGUUUGUAAGCCGCCCCUAUUCAGGUCAUUGGAAACAAGGCGAACAAGUGUCCUAUCCAGCGAUGGCAAGCUACUUUAGAGAUAAUCAGAGAACAGUUACCAGUCGUCAACUCUCAGUCAAGUCAAACCGUGUACCGAAGUUCCACCCUGACCAGUUCACAAUCAGACCAGUUGAGCUCGCGAGACUACCGUACAGCCGUGCCCUCUACAGAUAUCAACCAUACUAA